AAGUAUGGCCUCGGCCCCCCUUCAAAGACCCCGUCUCCUGCCCCCUGAUUCCACCCUAUUUUCUCACUCUUUGCAUCAUCUCUAAUGCGGCUCUCACAACUUCUUGUAGCUGUCUGUUGAUACCAUUUUCUCGGCGUUAUUUUAUUUUAUUUUUUUGCCUCGGUGCGUUCCAGAGCUCUGUCAGUUUCUGUUUGGUGGCGCUGCGUUGCUCGGCGUUGUGUUAAAUCAUGGCAGACACCAACGUGAUCAGAGAGGAGAACCCUGAGCUGUUUCCAACCCCAGGGAAAGGCUGGGAAGACCAUGCGCAUCAGCAAAACCUGAAGAAAGGCAUCGAGCGUUUGGAUCGGCGUUCCGAGCACCCGAACAAGCUCGCUGUGAAAAAACAUGGGCACGGCGGCAAGUUCACCGUCGACGGUCCAUUCAAGGACGAAGAUUAUGCGGAGAGCAUCCCUGCUGCGAUGGACGAGCAUGACCCUAACUACGUGGACCCUGCUGAAGAAAUGGCAGACAAGGAAGCGGGAAUUUCUGUGAUCAAAGUGGCCAAGCUCGCUGUCACUGGGGCCGGCGCUGCGCAUCCAGCUUCCUGAUUUCUCAGAUAUGCACAUAUUUUUCGUUUCCUUUUGCCCUCACCACCCUAACAUCGAGAACAUGGAAAUAGAUGUUUUCUUCUUCACUCAACUGAGUCCCAAUCUCAGGCAGUAGACAGUUUUCUAGGAUUUACAAACUAGAGCUCGACCUUGGUACAUAUCUCAGAUGUAUCCGAAAACGGUGAAUCGGUCAUCAUGUAAGUUGUGUAUAUGAUAUUUAGUAGAUCCUUUCAAAACUUGAAACAUGUUGAUCUCGACGUUGA